UUAGCAUGGUGAUGCCUUAGUGGAAGCCCCCAUCAACUUGUCACCGACGAUUAGGUAUCGGCCCUGUUUACCGCGCCCUAUCUCUCUUCAUCAUUAUUAUUGUUGUUGUUGUUGUUGUUGCUCUGUCCUAAAUGGACUUGGAGAUCUUGUCAGGACUAUUUAAUACCUCUUGAUAUCCUCAUCUUUCGGUCGUCUAUUACCACAGGUUACGGAAACUCUAGCCAUUUGCUUCCUAGCCAUUGGCUCCAGCUCCUCUCCCGAUAGAACACACCUUCAUCGCUUUUAUCCUCUUAGGGAGAAUAUAUGUUGCCAAAUUCAACAUGCAAAUUCCGAUCAUCGCUAGUGCCCUCUUGUGCGCCAACCUGGUGCUCGCCGCCCCUGGCACGUCCAUGCGUAGCCAGCGAGCGAGUGACCGCAUUGCCGAGAGAAGAAUCAAUCGCUCUUCCAACAUCAACCAGCGCGUUGACAAUGAAUUGGGAGUAGCUAGCAAGAACGGCACCUCUCAUGUUGAAUACAGCUCUAACUGGGCGGGCGCUGUGCUCAUUGGCAGCGGCUACAAGACUGUGACCGGCACAUUUGUCGUCCCCACGCCUAAGGUACCCUCUGGUGGCAGCAGCUCGACGACUUAUUCUGCGUCCGCUUGGGUCGGUAUCGACGGUGACACCUGCCAGACUGCUAUCCUACAGACUGGUGUUGACUUCACCAUCCAGGGGUCCUCAGUGACCUACGAUGCGUGGUUCGAGUAUUAUCCCGAUUAUGCUCAUGAUUUCUCUGGCAUCCCGAUUAAGGCUGGUGACACUAUCACCGUGACCGUCACUGCUAGCAGCACAACUGCCGGAACGGCUGUCAUUGAGAACGUGACAACUGGCAAGACUGUCAGCCACAGUUUCUCUGGCGAGUCUUAUGCACUCUGCGAGACCAACGCCGAAUGGAUUGUCGAGGACUUUGAAAGCGGUGGCAGCCUUGUUAGCUUUGCAAACUUCGGAACUGUCGAAUUCACCGGCGCAUCCGUUAACGGUGGCACCGAUACCAGCGGCGCAACUAUCAUUGACAUCCAGCAGAGCGGCAAGGUCUUGACUGACUGCUCGGCUUCCGGAUCCACCGUCACCUGCGCAUAUUCGGGCUAGGUUCAAGGCCCCUAUGGCCAUGCUUAGCAACCACUGUAGCUUAUCUUCCCAAGACGCUCGACAAUUUAUCAUCCAAGGGUGGGAUAAUUACAUAGGUGCUUAUCGGAUUAUAUAGUCUAUCAGCUUAGCUCUGGAUUGAACAUUUCCAAAUACUCAGUUCCGAAAGGUUCUAUCCUCUAGAAGGAAUAAUACUGUUCAUUAACUGAUUUAUUCCUUUUUCACUGCCAAACCUGUCCAUCUUCGAGUUGGCAAUAUAGUCUUUAUAGCCUAAUGUGCAAGUGAAAUGCAUACAUGUAGAUAGGUAGCUAGCUUGAAGCACUUUAUGUACCUUUUAGUAUAUCAACUACGCGGGACCGAUUAAACUAAGUGAAA